AUGAGGGAUAGAAUGGAAAGAUUUGUGCUACUUCCUUUCGCUGCAGGAUGCAUCUCUGAAUCAAGCAUUGCGGUAGGGCUGCAGCAAGCUAAGAGAUCAAAGAUAGACACAGGUUCAACUCCCACAAGUGAGACUCCCUUUCACAGACCGACAUUCAAUCCACCAUCUUCCUAUACUGUAUAUGUUUACCUUUCUCGAGUGCUUACCUCUUGUUUUGACCAUGAAGGAGAAAAGGACGAAGAUGAGGAGCAAUACGAGGAAGAUGAAGAAAGCUUAUCUGGUGAAAAUUUGAAGAGCCCUCCAAGCCUAUUGGCGAUUCCAAGAUUCCAGAAGCUGUUCAAGAAUUUCAAGAACUUUUCUCAGUCAUUUGUUUACAAAGAUGAGUUGGAAGACACAGAAAUGGGAAUGGAAAUUGGAUUACCAACAGAUGUGAAGCAUGUGACUCACAUAGGUUUGGAUGGUUGUGCAAGCUCGAUUCUCUCAAAGGGCUGGAACAAUCUUACCAAUCCAGAUACGACCAAUCUCCCUUCAUUUUCUUCGACCCCCCUUCAGCUUGCCAUGGCCAACAAUGCGGAAAACCCAACCAUUAGGAGCUUGCUUGAAACCAAAUGAAGAAAAUUUAUUAUGUAAGUAAUAGAUGGAAGCAGCACCUGAAUCUGGAUGUAUAAAAUUAAAAGUUAUAUUACGGUCCAUUAAUUGCUUGCUCAUGUAUCUCUAAGGCUUAUUUGUGGUUACAGUGGUUUGUGUAAGCAUGUGGGAUCUCUCGAUACAAUCUCUUGCAGUAAUGAUUUUGGUCUAA